ACAUCAAGACAUUAAUAGAAUACUUUCAUAUUGAGAUCCAAUAUUGAAUUUGUCUUCCACAAGUCUAUGAAUAAAAGAACUAACUUUCUGAAGUUCUUUGUUCUAUGAACUUGAAUCUGGAUUUUUAAGGAAGCUCAAUCUAAAGAAAGCAAGAAGCAGCAGCCAUGGGGAUUCAUGAAAGGUUUUGGCUGGUCAUCCUUAUUGCAGCACCAUUAGCAGCAAUUGUAGCAGAACCAGCUCCUAUUCUGGUUGUCAAGAUAGACACUUUCGAUCCCCCAUUAGCAUUUUUAGCUAAUAGUACAAUCAAUGUCACCAACAUAGAUCCUGAAGGGAAGCUACACAUAACACAAUUUAUAGCCCAUGAUUGCUAUGAUAAGUCUGGGGCAUCAACUGACAGGGACAAUCCUUGGCUCCAUGUAGAUUUAUGUGGUUAUACUAUCUCUGACACUGACAACAAGUUUGUUGCUGUUGGCUGUGGUACGAUAGCAUAUGUAGAAGCUGUUCAAGGUAUCCAAGGGAAUAAAAGCUACAUUGAAGGUUGCAUAACCAAAUGUGACAGCAUUGACUAUGUAACCAAUUACACUUGUUCUGGUAUUGGCUGUUGCCAGACAUCCAUUCCCAAAGGAACAAACUACAUCAAUGUAACAGUGACUGGCGGCAAAAAUCAUACAAGAGUUUGGAAGUUCAUCCCUUGUGGCUGUGGCUUCAUCAUGGAAGAAGGUCAGUUCAACUUUUCUUCAAAUUAUCUUCUUGAAUUGCAAUAUGUUAGCAAACUCCCUCUGGUGCUUGAUUGGUCAAUUUGGGAUGUCAACCAUACAUGUGGUAAUAAAGCGAAUGCAUGCCAAGGAAAUAGCUAUUGCAUUCCUGUUGAUGAUUAUGGAUACCAAUGCAAUUGCUUAAAAGGUUUUAAAGGAAAUCCAUACCCACCUAGUGGUUGCCAAGACAUAAAUGAGUCUUUAGACCCUAAUAACAAUGAUUGUAAAGAUAUGAUCUGCUCCAAUACAGUAGGAAGUUGUACAUGCUCGUGCCUCAAAGGUUACCAUCGUGUUGAAAUAAAUGGUGAACAAGGUUGCACUGCAAAUCAGCAGCAUGACUGGAAUCUAAUUCUGGUCCCUGUAGGCAAGAAGCUCAUCAAACUCAAACAGAAGUUCUUCAUGCAAAAUGGAGGUUUGAUGUUGCAACAACAACUAUCCAACCACGAAGGAUCUGCAGAAACAACUAAAAUUUUUUCUGCUGAAGAACUAGAGAAGGCCACAAAUAACUUUGAUGAAAGCGGAAUUCUAGUUCAAGGAGGUUAUGAGACAGUUUACAAAGGACCUCUUAAAGAUGGGAGAAUUGUUGCAAUCAAGAAGUCCACAUUAUUAAUCAAAGUCAGAAUGAGCAAUUCCUUUGGAGUCGUCCUUCUUAAGCUUUUGAUAGGAGAAAAGGUACUUUCCUUUGAUAGGGCAGAGGAAGAAAGAAAUCUUUCCAUGUAUUUUCUUUCUACGAAGAAAGAUAAUUGCUCGAGAAAAAUUCUUGAUGGUUGUGUAGUGAAUGAAGCAAACAUUGAGCAGCUCAAUGAGCUAGCCAACCUUGCAAGGAGAUGCUUGAGUGUGAAAGGGAAGGAAAGGCAUACAAUGAAGGAAGUGGCUAUGAAAUUACAGGAACUGAGAAGUAUGACAAAGCAUCCAUGGGUUAAUGAUGCAUUGAAUGCAGAAGAGGCAAAGUACUUGCUUGGUGAAACAUUUGAUAAAUUUCAUUACCAUGAGUACUUUGAUGCUAGUGCCAUUUUCGCGUGUCUGCUCUGUCUCUUUUCUCCCCUGCAACCGGACAUAAACCAGCCAUUUCCGACGCCUCCACCUGAAAAAUUGAAAAUUCUCCAGAUCUGCUGUCUUCUUCCUCCCUUGCCGCCGGUUGCUGCUGGGUGUGAGCUUCGGUUUUCCUGCGGUCCCGUGGAAGCCCUCCAAUUUUUCCGCCAGCUCUUCCCCAUACCCGCCAGCUCCAGCCUUGUUUGCUGAGAAUUUCUGGUAGUGAGACCCGACGCAUGGGGAGCUCGGGGGAGUGACAAGCCAGAUGGCUAGGCAUUAUUUUGGACUUAGAUUUUUGUAGUUAGGCCGUUAGUCACCCAUGCUUGACUUAAAAAUUUUUGUGUACAGAACUUCCUUAGUUUUAGUCAUGAUCGUAUAUAUGAAGUUAUAAAUUUUGUACAUCUUU